AUGGUCCUAGCCACUGUCACACGACACAACAAUGCAAAAACUAUAUCAACAUCAACGUGAAUCAGAGCAUCUCAUAUCCACGAUAAUAUUUUAAACUUUUUAUGUCUUGUAACGGUUGUACAAAGCGAUUUGGUUUGCUUACGAAGGAGCAUGGAUGCCCUUCAUGUAAAUUUUCGUUCUGUGCGAAGUGCCUGCGGUUCACAAUAAAACAAGGUAGCAAACGUAAAAAUGUAUGCCUCCGAUGUUACGAGCUUAAUAAAACUGCUAAACCUUCAAACGAAGGCCCCAAUGAACAAGAAAGGAACCUCUCUGUUAUAGAUAAAACAGUAGAAGAUGCAGCUUAUGAUGGAGUUUUAAAACCAACACAAAACUAUUCUGCUGUUGAACCUGUUUCAGAAACAGACAUCCAAAUCAAACAAAGGCUAGCGGCUCUCAAACAGGAACAAAAUGCUAGGGAUAUCUCUAUAGAACCAUCAAAUCAAGACAUAGAGAAACGUCUCGCUGCACUUAAAGGAUUAGAAUAUAAAGACUACACGGAAGCGAACAAACGAUUGUUGAAUCAACGUGACACCAGAACCCAAGAAGAACAAGUAGAGGGUCUUAUGAAGCAGUUUUCAGAAGAACAAGAAAUUCAUGAUGUUGUCAGUGACUACCAACUUACUGCAAUUGAGGAAAUUGAAAAACGCUUGGCUUUGUUGAAGGAUGGUUCCGAAAAUAAUACAGGUGAACAAAAACCCACGGCAGAACUGCAGGAGUACGAUUACAGCGAAGAAAACGAAGAAGACACUGCAGACAAAUUAACUAAACGAUUUCUAGAGGAAGUAGCACUCGAUGCCAGAAAGAGCCCAAAAUACAAUGAAGACGAAUUGAACAAUCUAGAUAUACCAACUCCGGUGGAACCAUCUGAUGUGGAAGAAUUGCCGUGGUGUACUAUUUGUAAUGAGGAUGCAAGAAUUCGAUGUCUUAGUUGUGGUGGGGAAUUAUUCUGCAACGGGUGUUUCAAAGAGUGCCAUGAUGAUGAUGAGGAAUAUCGAGUUCACAAAACAAAGCACUACAAGCCCCCAUGUUAAUUGUUAAAUUGUUAUUAUGAAAUGUAUACAAAAUUACGAAAUGAUAUAAUUUCUUAAUAUUUGCUCGCAAAACUUAUGCUCGAUCAUAUUA